AUGACCACCCAAUUUCUUGACCCAACGACAGGCCGUAUGAUGGUUAUUGAGCCUGAGCCUCAACCACCUGCCUACACGCCGACCGCUGGCAACGAACCUGCGAUUACGAUCGCGACAAAUGAUGAGAGAAAGCCCAAAACGUAUGAAACUCCGGACGAUAUCCGGAUGCCCGCUCGCCCAAAAUCCACUACGAAUUCUAGGAACGUCGACCGCACCACUUUGCCUGAGCUGGCCACAGCGGAGGCUCGACGACAAUUUGGCAGAGAUGACAUUUCGACCAACAAAGAGGUGUUUGACGGAUCGUCAUUGUCCGGAUCGCCUAGCCCUUCAGAUAUCUCAACGUUCCCUCAGAGGAGGAUAAUCAGCCCUCUUUCGGACUCCUCGUUGGGUGAAGAACAACCCACCGUGACACCAUUGCACCUACUUGGUGAUCAAUCUGACAUGAUUGAUUGUCCCUUUUGCAGGCGCCGCACAGAAACUCGGGUCAAGAAACACCCGUCUGUUGUUACCCAUGUCACGGCGACGACAUUAUUCGUAACGACUGUUGUUGGAGCGGCAGCGCCAUAUGUCGGUCGAUGGAGCAAUCACAUCAGUCAUUACUGUACGAAUUGUGAUCAUAAAGUUGCGCACAAGCGAUUUUACAGCUCCGAGAUGAAAUCCCUUGGCACGCCCGAGCACCUGAGAGAAGCCUCCCAAUAUGAGCCGACAGCAAGCCCAUAG